AUGAAGAAGUCUGAGCGCAGAAACUCUGACACUGUAGAAUACAACCCAGCUAAGCGCAGGAAGGCUGCAGACGGCUCUGCGCAGUAUUCCGACCGUUGGCCAACUUGGGAAGAGCAGAGGCAAUUAGGGAGGAAGUUUCGUGAAGUGGGCGAGGGCAAUUGGCCGGUUGCAGCUAUCCUGGCCGAAAAGUCCAUCGGCAAGAAGAAGGAAUACCUGGUGUCGUGGGAGCCGCAUCCAAAGACCAAGGAAAUCUGGCGACCAACUUGGGUGCCCGCUGGUAGCGUCGGCAAGGAACUCAAAGACUCCUGGAAGCAAGAGAACAAGAGCAGGGAAACACCUCCCACCAAACAAGACACCGCCCGGUCUCAUGGCGAGGCUGUGAGCAAGUCAACAACACGAACAAGAUCUACACGCACAAACGGGCGUUCCCUUGUUGGAACUCGGUCACCGUCAGUUGGCAGACCGACCACAAGAGCAUCGUCAUUUAGCAGAGUCGCCAACGGUUCGAGCGUACCGCCGCUGCCACCACCAUCGCCGCCUCAGCCUCAUACUGAUCCUCAAUUUCAGACUGAUCCUCAACCUCAGACUGAUCCUCAGCCACAGACUAAUCCUCAACCACAGACUGAUCCUCAACCUCAGACUGAUCCUCAACCUCAGCCGCACUCUUCGACAGACUCCUCCGUCGCUCCGAAUUCACCACCUGCAUCCUGCACUGAAAUAGCAGAGACAGAACCAGAACCAGACCUGUCACGAGCGCCGUCGGUAUCCAUCAGCAUCCCUCCCGCCCUAAUCGACAGAUCCGAAUACGAGGCCAUACGUACUUCCCUGAUCCACCGAGACGACGAUCAGCUAAGCUUUUCGAGACCAGCCACAGGUCUGAGGACGGUACAAGCCACUCCAUCUGUGGGAAGUGGAUAUCGGCCGUCUUCACCCACCAAUUCGGUCAUUUCUGGAGGCCAGGCCGCUACACUGGCGUCAGACAAUCCACUGCCUCUCACCUGGGGCAUGCGCAGUGAAACAAAUUCUCCGGUAUCGAGCCGGGUCAAGAGCCCCGAGUACGUAUCUAGCACAGAACGACAGUCCAAUCCGCCACGAGAAGUGAGUGAAGAGCUGGGGUCUGUUCUGCGUCGAAAAGUUUUCAGCAUCGCGGAGCUUAUUGACGAAUCACCUCCGGCCCCCCAGGAGUCGCUUCCGCGGAAUACAUUUGCUCGAGACACAGGUAGCGACUCUUCGCCCUGGCAGUUUGAGACCCAGGCACAGAUUCAGCAAAGCUCGAAUCGCGCAUCGCCGGGGGCAGCACCUCAAAGUGCAAACCGAACGAGACUGUUGUCUGAGGGCUUUCGUUCACCAGGCAAUCCAUCCGACGCACAAAUGACUGAUCCUAAUAUACCGUCGCCGAGGGCGUCGGGGCCGGUCCCUGGAACUGCGUCUCCGCCGCCGCCUUUGUUAGCUCAAGCGCCAGCAGUAGACAAUCCAGCGGGAGAGGCAGAAGUUGGCAACCAGGUGGCCGGGAUAGACUCAUUCAUUCCAUCUAACCAGUUGGAUCGUCCUGCGGAUCCCAUCACCAUCUCGCCAGAUGAUCUUCAACGUGAUGAACCCAGGCUCGUAUUGGGUGAUGCGUCUCAUGUCCAAUCAUACGACGCGUCGUUUCCAUCCGCGCUUCCCAUUCAGAGGUCCAUUGAAGAGGAAUCACACUAUCCCAAUGACGAGCAAUCGUCCAGCGAUUCCAAAGCCACAUCGAGUCAGCAAUCGGUGGAUAAUGAGCAGGAGAUUGAGCAUGUCGAUGGGUUGGUGCGACCUAGGCGUCCCAUCCUCGGACCGGCAGAGUAUGCCCUUGCAUUGCCUGCCGAGGGAAAAGUCCAGUCUACAUACCUCGACACUAUCAAUGCGAAAAGAAAGGCCAUCUUGAAGUUCAUCAAUCGAGAUGAGUCGAUCGGCUCGUCCAGCGGGUCUCUCCACCGAACCUAUGAAAGGAACGAGAUGACGGAGCUGAUUCAACGAUUGCACGGCACAACCACACACCUUGAUCUAGGACUGCCUGGAUUCGGCACCCAGUAUUCCAUUAAAUCCGAGCACCAUGCCGCCUAUGCGAACUAUGCCGGCUCCAAAUUCUCCUUCCUUGGCCACCUUGUCGACGUUCUCCAACACGUGGAAUGUUCCAUUAUAAUCAUGGCUCAAGCAGGUCCAAUUCAGGACCUUCUUGAACAAUAUUUGGCCAAGAAGCAUGUCCGUGUAAGACGACAAGACCGGAUUGCUGCGUCGAAAUCGCCGACUCCUGACCGACCAAGCACGGAGUUUCAGGUUCACCUUGUGAGCACCAUGUCAACCCAUCAAGUUUCGUUUUCCCCGAAGCCCAUCUUGAUGAUCGCAUUCGAUGCUUCUUUCGACUCGCAAGAUCCUCAGGUGAUGCGGAUUCGUAGCUACUUUGCACCCAAGCCGACGAACCUCCUACCGGUGAUCCACCUGCUGAUAUCCAACUCCUCCGAGCAUGUGGACCUGUGCCUCCCGAAGAGUAUGCCGUCUCCGGCGAGACUGAAGGCACUUGUUCGUGCGACGUACCAGGCUCGACCCAAUCUGGGAGGGAAACCAACGUACGUCCCGGAUGUGUCGGAUGAGCCUGAAGGAAGACCGAUGGAUUUUUCGGACCUCCAGCGCGCCCUCAGGAAGAGUCCCGAACGAAAGCUCAUGAUGCUUGCAUCGAUCGUGGCUAGGGUGUCUAUCUCGCAGAACUUUGACGCGAAUUGGUCUUUGGGAUCGGUGCCUGACUUGCAACUGACCGAGAUCGAAGACACACCAUCUAAAGCCAGUGGGCCGUCCACGGUGGCUGAAACGCAAACGCCCAAGGAAUCUCUUCCUCGAUCCAGGACACCGGUCUCACGCGCGGAUACACCUUCCAGCCGGAAGAGGCUGUUGGACGUUGACGGAAUACUCCCGCCACUGGUCAAGCGUCAACGGAUGACGCCGCUGCAAGACGUGGCAGAAUCCAGUAACGCUGCCAUCGAUGCAAGCGGUCAACCUGGGCGACUUCAAGAGCUUGUCAACAAGUUACAGGCUGACCUCGUGGCCGAGCAAGAAGCCAAACAGAGGGUUGAAACAGAGCGCAACCAUAUAGAUGAACAGUUGAAGCAGUGGAAAAAGGACCAUGCAGCUUUACAACGACGUUAUGAGAAACGAACACAGAAAUGUCACGAACUGGAAAAAGAUAAUAAGAAACUCCUCCGAACGAUUGAGAACAAUACAGCCAGACAAGAAAAGGUCACGCAAGACAACAGCAACCUGAAGAAGAAAGCGGCGGAGCUCCGCGAGGAGUUGGCCACGGUGCGCAACGGAAUCAGAGCAGCCGGAGGAGAUGCCGCGGCACUCGAAGCUGCUAGAGAGGAGGCGCAGAGCCUCGCAGCCAAAAACGCGCAACUGGAGAAGUCGCUUGAGAACACGCGGAGGGACUUUGACUUCACUCGGCAACAAUACCAAGAAGCAUCGAACCGGGCGGCCGAGCUUGGGAAGGAGAACAGGGACUUGGAAGAGCAGGUUUCUCAAUUGACCAAGCAGGCGGGCGAUGAAAAACGCCGUCUGAGGGAGACCAACUUUGAGGACAGUAUCAAACGACACCUCGCCAAGAUAUCCGAAUUGGAGCUGGAACGCAAGUCCAAGGAUAUACUGUUGCGCAAACUGGAGGAGGAGAAUCGAACUUUGAAGCGCAAUCGAGGCGUCCAGACGCGGGGCUCGAGUGUGCAACCUCCAGGAAGUCCGGGACUGGAUGGUUAUGGAGCAAGAGGACCGCGCAGUCGACCGAGCAGUCCGGCCCCGGGAUUGUUUCCCAGCGGAGGACACCAUGCGGGAGCCUCGAACCGGGGGAGUUUGCUGAGACACGAGCGAUGA